GGAAAAGGCAGCCGCGGUGACUUGUCCCCCCUGGAUCUGAACGGCGUCUGAGCCAGGCGGGCGGGCAGCCAGAUCAAGUCGCAGAGCAGUCAAGCAAGGCACGUCGACGCUGCCCGGCCGCGCCGCGCGCCGCGAGAUCUGAAGGCGCGGCACCGAGGGAAAUCGAGCAGCUCGCGCGCGCGCGCGAGCGGCAGUUAGCGGCGCGUCUCGGAUCUCGGCGCGGCGCCUCCCGCCCCGGCCAGUGCGGCGAGAGCAGCGGGGGCACGGGCGCGGGCUCGGGGCCGCCCCCCGCGCGAUCCGAUGAGGCGGCGGCCGUUCCUGGACCAGCGGCGGCCGUCGUUCAAGCGCCGGUGGCAGCAGCGACCGUGGUGGGUGCGCCUCGCGCUCUCCCUCCUCUUCGCCCUCGCCUGCGUCCUCCUCCUCACCGUCAUCCUCGGCUCCCCCGACCCCGGCGCCUCGCCGUCCACCUCCACCGCCUCCUCCGGAACCGAGGCCACCUCCUCCCCUCUCCUCCGUCAGAGAUCUUACCUGGAAGGCAUCACGGAUGCGCUCAACAUGACUGACGAAAUGCUGAGCGCUCGCUCGUUCUCCAGGCAGCUCAUGGACCAGAUUUAUCUAGCCAAAUCUUAUGUCGUUGUCGCGAAGGAGGCCAAUAACUUGCAGUUUGCAGCGGAGCUUAGUGCCCAGGUGCGGCAGGCGCAGAGCAUCCUCGUGCACGCUGCAGCCCACGGGGGCACGGUGCUGGAGCAGGAAGCAGAGAAGGCGAUCAGGGAUAUGUCUGUGCUGCUCUUCCAGGCGCAGCAGCUGCGGUAUGACAGCGGCAUCACAAUCAUGAAGUUGAAGGGACAGAUUCAGUCUCUAGAGGAGAAGUCGAAAGCUGAGGCAGAGAAGAGCACAAAGUACGGGCAGAUUGCUGCUGAGGAGCUUCCUAAGGGGCUCUACUGCCUUGGUGUCCGGUUAACCAUGGAAUGGUUCAAGAAUUCUGAGCUUCAGAGGAAGUUUUCUGAUAGGAGCCCAGUAGUGCAGAACAACCUAAGGGAUAACAGCCUCUAUCAUUUUUGUGUUUUCUCAGACAACAUCCUUGCUGUUUCAGUUGUUGUCAAUUCUACAGCUACAAACUCAAAGCACCCUGAAAAGAUUGUCUUUCACUUAGUUACCGAUGAGUUGAACUAUGCUCCAAUGAGGGCAUGGUUUGCCAUGAGUGACUACAGAGGGGUCACUGUGGAGAUACAAAAGGUGGAGGACUUUACUUGGCUAAAUGCAUCAUAUGUUCCUGUUCUUAAACAGCUGCAGAACACUGCUACUCAGAAGUUCUACUUCUCUGGCAGUGGUAACCGCGGAACACCGAUUAAAUUCAGGAACCCAAAGUACCUGUCCAUGCUUAACCACUUGAGGUUUUACAUUCCAGAAAUAUAUCCUGAAUUGCAGAAGGUGGUAUUUCUUGAUGAUGAUAUUGUUGUUCAGAAGGACUUAUCCGAACUGUUUACUAUCAACCUCAAUGGUAAUGUGAUGGGUGCUGUAGAAACUUGCAUGGAGACAUUCCACAGGUUUCAUAAGUAUCUUAACCAUUCCCAUCCUCUAAUCCGUGCUCAUUUUGACCCUGAUGCUUGUGGCUGGGCAUUUGGUAUGAAUGUGCUCGAUCUUGUCGAAUGGAGGAACAAGAAUGUGACAGGUAUAUAUCAUUAUUGGCAGGAGCGCAAUGCUGAUCAUACCCUAUGGAAGCUUGGGUCUUUACCGCCUGGGCUUCUUGCUUUCUAUGGUUUGGUUGAAGCACUGGAUCCCAAAUGGCAUGUCUUGGGACUUGGCUACACUACUGUGGAUCCUGCUACUAUCAAGGAAGGGGCAGUGCUGCAUUACAAUGGAAAUAUGAAGCCAUGGCUCAAAAUUGGAAUGGAGAAGUACAAGAGCUUUUGGGAUAACUAUGUGGACUAUUCACACCCUUUGAUUCAGCAGUGCUUCAUGCGUUGAUUACUGUGUAUCAACAUUAGAAAUUUUUGUAAGCACCCUAGUAGAAAUGUUCCAAGUGCAUGCUGCAACUGCCACACGUAAACAUUGUACUUAGACCAGUUGGCUUCGCUUUCAAGUUAUAAUCUUAAUCUCUGACGAAACAUCAGUGGCUGUUUAUAGCAUCUGUAGUUGAUGAAGUACAACAAUCACAUAUACCUUCAGUCACAGGUCAACAGCACAAGAGCUAAGAUUGCAAUGCAGUAGGCUACUAGGCUGCCACUUGAACCACAUCCACUACUAUUGUAACUGCAACCGUCAAUGUAAUUUUUUAUUUUUUAUUUUUUGGGUGAGACAGAAGCACAGAAUGGAAAUGAUGUAGAAUUGAUUCAAAAUUCUUUGAAGUGUUACAAGUUUCGAGUUACAUAUCCAUAAUUACUGGAUGUUAAGACAGCAAAGCUUUUCCUGUUUAUUUAUACAUCUUGAGAAGUAAAGUUGCCAUAUCUCA